AUACCACCAAGAAGUCCUUUUUUCAAGAUAUGCUACAUCUGUGUCAGAGAAUUUGGAUCACAGACUAUUUCUAUACAUGAACCCCAGUGCCUAGAGAAGUGGAUAUUGCAAUAAUCAAGACAUCUCAAUACCAAGACGUUCAAAAGACCAGAGCCCAGGAGACCUGAGGUCCUUCCUGGUGGUUCCUUUAGUUUUACAGUUGAAAAUAAGGCAACUUUGUCAAGUGCUGAAGCCCAGCUUCUGCCCUGUGGGAACAGUGGCUGGACUUUCCUCCCAGACUUGUCUUAUUCCGCACCUGGGGAGCUACCAGUGUUAUUUGUUAAGGUUUUUGACUUCAUCUCACACCAAAUCCUUAUCACUAAAUUGGAGCAAUAUGGAUUUACAGACAAGAUGGUAAGAUGGCCACCAAUUGUGGUUUGUUACGUACAUGGCUGUGAGUAUGGAACAAAAUCUGUAUCAGUAUCCAUGAGCCACAAUGCUGAAAAAAAAUGGUAUCAAGAGAAUGACAUGCUACUCAAGCACUUGAUCCCACUUCUUCAAAUAAACGAAAUAGACAGUCCCCAGCACCUGGUAGAGCUGGCUCCCACACAUGUCCCAGAGGUGUUCACUGAGGUGCUCGCAGUGGAACCAAAAGGAAAUAUGAGCUGUGCUUUGCCUGGAACCAAAGGUUUCUAUGAUCUUGAUUCUUUAAAAUAGGCUGCCUGGAUCAGAGCCCAGAACCAGCUAGUUCCAUGUGAUGUUUGUGGGCGUACUUUCCUUCCAGGCAGACUGAUCAUACACCCAAAGUGCUGUAAACUGAAACCUGCGGCAUGA